AUGAAGAAAGGUUUGGGAGAAGCUACAUCUGUGUACAAAAGUGAUGAUGAUAAGACUUUGAGUGCAAGGCUUAAAGUGAAUUUGAUUCAGUUUACCAAACAGCAGUUUCCAGUACAAAGUAGCAACGUUCACAUGACGUCCUCCUUGACGGUUCAGAUAAAGACCAGUGUGGGUGCAUCAAGUAGCAAGUCUGUUCAUAAUAAUAUCAAACGCAAUGGUUUAAAACCUAAGAUUGAAGGGCAGAGCUCUCAGGCACUUGAGAAGAGACCUUCUGAUAAGAAAAGAAGCUCUUCAAAUCCAUCUCCAGCUAAGAGGCCUAAGCUUUCAGAGCCUACUAGUCCAUUGAAUAUGGAGCAAGGCUCACGUACUGCUGCUACUCCAGAUAGCAAUCUGGAGGCAUUCAAGCGGUUGACACUUAACCAAGUAAUGGUUAAAGAAGAUAACUCAGAUAGUGAUGAUCAUAUCCCUAUUGCCUCGAGGAUGAGGUCAAAUAGAAAACCAUCAUCCGUGAACAAAGGGGUGAUGAAAGAUUUUAAAUCGUUAGAUGGGCAAAAGAAAUGGACAACACUCGAGCACAAUGGUGUUAUGUUUCCACCUCCAUAUAAAUGUCAUGGGGUUAAGAUCUUGUAUCAGGGAAAGCCAGUUUACUUAACUCCUGAACAAGAAGAGGUUGCCACUAUGUUUGCAAAGAUGAGAGAAACGGAAUAUUACAAUAAACCAUUGUUUAGAGAGAAUUUCUGGAAUGAUUGGGAGGAUAUACUUGGGAAGAACCAUGUGAUUAGAAAUUUAGAUGAUUGUGAUUUCAGUCCCAUAUAUGAAUGGUAUAUGCAGGACAUGGAGAUAAGGAAACAAAAGAGUAGAGAAGAGAAAAUAAUUUUGAAAGUGGAGAGACUGAAGCAGCAAGAAAAAUACAACUGGGCUGUUAUUGAUGGCGUCAAAGAGAUGGUUGUAAAUUUCAGAGUUGGACCUCCAGGCUUGUUUCGUGGCUGGGGAGACCAUCCCAACAUGGGGAAACUGAAAAGGCGGAUUCGUCCUUGUGAUGUUACUAUCAACAUCGGUAGAGAUGCACCUAUUCCAGAAUGCCCUAUCCCUGGUGAAAGAUGGAAAGAAGUUAAGCAUGACAAUACUGUCACAUGGCUUGCUUUCUGGGAUGAUCCUAUCAAUCCACAACAGAUCAUGUGUAUAUUCUUGCCAGCUAGCAGUUUGUUAAAGGGCCUUCGCACCAAAGAUAUUAGUAACAAGGAUGCAACAAAACAUGAAACAGAGGUUGCUACAUAUCUUAUAGACAAGCUAUCCCUUGGCGCUGGAAACGAGAAGGUCGCCAUCAAUUCUGACCCUGAUCAACGAACCGUCUCGGAAUCUCACGGACCACAAGUUGAGAGGAUGGCUGUGAAAAUAGAAGAACUAAGGGAGCAAAUAGAAGAGUUGGAUAUUGAUCUCGAAGAGACUGAGAAAGAAACUGUUGCAACUGAUGGGGAGUCAGAUUUUUUGAUAGUUGAGCCGGUCAACGCAACUGACAGUAAUGUUCCUGUAUUCACUGAGCCGGCUAUUAAACAUGCUGAUAAAAUGGCCUCGGAAGUUCCUAAAGAAACCGCUCUCUCACCUGAGGUUGAGCCUAUUCUUACACAAACUGCAUAUAAUAAAGAAUGA